AUGCGUGUCAAGAGUGAGCCUGAAAUUGUAGCUGUAUCGCAGAAUAUCGAUGAUUCAGUUGAAACUCCACGACAAAGUGUUGGGAUAGAGACUGUAAUAAUCAGCCAAGGAGUAGAAUGCGAGUUUCAAUCUUUGGCAUCCCUUCAAUUGAAUAAAAGGCUUGCUCUGGCCUCUCGUCGACGAUUUGUAGCUGAGCUUAUUGGAACAUUUCUCAUGCUUACCUUUGCGACUGGUGCCGUAUCAAGCCAAGUGCUCACUGGUGCACUCAAGGGUAUAUGGCAGAAUGCAGUAGUUGUUGGAAUUGCUACCACAUGUGCCAUUUACCUUUCCGGUUCAACAUCUGGUGGUCAUCUUAACCCUGCCAUCACAUUAGCAAUGGCAACGUUUGGCUGCAAGACUGGGUUUCAGUGGAAUCGUGUCCCUUCAUACAUUCUGGCUCAAAUACUUGGAGGAAUUCUUGCAGGCAUCGCCAACUUAUUUAUAUGGAAUCCUAUAAUAGUACAAUUUGAGAGUCGCAAUAAUAUCACCCGAAACCAACUUCCCGGAUGUACCCAUUCUGCAAUGCUUUUCGGCACAUACUUUCCCAACCCUGACAUUUACAAGCCAGGUUCGCCUGAUGCAAUCAAUCUUGUAUCACCUUGGAGAGCAUUUGGAGUUGAAGUGUUUGCAACUGCAAUUCUUGCUUUUGUGAUUGUUGGGUUAUGCGAUCGGGGCAAUCGGCCUACUAUACAUCCUGCCAUCAUUCCUCCUGCUAUUGGUGCGAUUGUAGCAGCACUGAUUUCAGUGUUUGGACCCAUCACCAUGGCAGCAAUGAACCCUGCACGAGAUCUUGGACCAAGGAUUGCUGCUGCUAUAGGUGGAUGGGGAGAAUGUGCAUUUGGAGGGGAUAUGUCAUUUUUGAUUUAUACGUUUGGACCAUGCAUAGGAUCUAUACUUGGUGCUGCUGUUUAUCUUACUUUUCUUUACCAUUCAGAUGAAGAAUUAAAGGAUAGAAAUCACAAAUCUACAGCCAUCAUGACAACUACAUCAAACCAGCUGCCUUUAGCAUCAGACUUGCCAGAAAAACUAGAUUCAGAAACACUGGUUGAACAUUCUGCAGAAGUUGUAUCUUUAGAAGUCGUUACUGAGCAUUUGGGGUUUGCUCCAGUUCAUUUUAUAGAUGACAUGAUUGAUAGGGUGAAUUCGUUGUUGUACAAGAGUAUGGCUAAACUGGAAGAACUUGUAUCUGUUGAACUCGGGAAAGGCAUUGAAACUGACAGAGGCAUGGCAUCCAUUGAAACACUGUUUGAAAGUUGUGUGGAUAAACGAUUUGAUCGAUUUGAAGUAUUCGGACUUCGUAAUGUGUUUGCCGUGCAGCCUGACCUAGCAAUGCAACUCACUGCAUUUCAGGAAUGUAAUGUUGACAUCACACUCGAGCAGGAACUUGCAUUAGAUGCUGAUAUCGAUGUAUUGCGAAAACAGUUGCUUGCUGGAAAACUUCAAGAAAAGGACAAGUAUCUUGACAAUGUUAUUUCACAUCUAAACAUAUUUGGCGAUCAGCUUGUUAAACUUGAAUCCAUAGCAGUAGACAACAAAAUAUAUCCACUGUCCGAGAAACUUGUCGAGCUGUCGGAUAAAAUUGCCACAUUGAGUUCAGUUACAGAUCAGGUACAUGUACGUACGACACAUCCAAUCAUGCGAGAAAAGAUAUGCGAUUCUGACCGUCGCAUGCAACUCCUGCAAAGCGAGAUUGCUAUGCAUAUAAAAAAGCGACGACACAUUGCCGAAGUGCAAGAAGGACUAGCCAUGGGAAAAGGAAACAAGGCAAAUGGGUCUUUUUCCAACAUGUCUGCAUGGGAUGUUACGAGAGAAUAUCGCGAUGCCAUGUCGAUUGGAUCUGUAAAGGAAAUGGAGGCGUUUAAAGAAAAUGUGUUGUUGUGA